GUUAGCGUCUGUGCAACGAAAGUGAAACUAGAUGUUGCGUCUUGGACGAUACGGAAGAUAUAAUUGACGGAGAAAGAUUGAAAUAACCCGAAAGAUGCCUAGGAAAAACAAGGGUCAGAAAAAAGGAGCUCGAACAGAAACAGAGACAGGGAAUGAUUCUAUGGAGAAUGAAAACGAGUCUAAGGAUUCCCAGGAUUCAAUAAAUAAAAGUUAUGAUGAUGUCGAUAACCCUAAUGUCUACAGUGUUACAACAGAGUCCUGUGAAAGUGAUCAAUCUACUGUCCCUGGAUCACCUCCGCGGACUAGGAAGACCUUUUCCCUUUUUAAUGAGGAUGUGACUGAUAACAUUAAGUUUAUAUCCAAACAAGUGAAGACAUCAACAAAACCAAAAAAGGAAGCAGAUGUAUCAGAAAACGAUGUAUCAUUAGCAGAAAAAGAUGUAUCAUUAGCAGAAAAAGAUGUAUCAUUAGCAGAAAACAAGGUAGAUUUAAUGUCUGUAUGUGGUUACGGCUGUGUCAUUAUUGUGAUAUUUGGUUCUUGUAUAUCGUUUUUGUAUGGAGAAGAGAAACCAGCCUCUAUUCCUCUAUCUGAUAGAUUUAAAGAAUAUGGAAAUGAUGUAGAUGAUUUAAAAAAUGUUUUUUUGCAUCAAGAUAAACGAUUUUGGCGGACUGUGAAAGCGUCUGGAAAGCAUGUGUUAAAUGUUACAGAACCAGAAUAUCCAGCAGUGCUUUUAUUUAUUACAAAUAUCAAUUUGGAUCCACAAAACAAGAUUGACGUUAGUUCCUGUUUGGCUCGUAGGAUAAGUCAAGGCUUUAAUAACGCAAAUGAAAAAACUGGUUUGUCUCCUGUUAUUGACUGCGGCCAACUGGAUCGGAGUUCACAAGAUGGUGGAAAAUUGCAGUUUGAUGAAAAAUUACGAUACUAUUUGGAUGGGAAUUAUAAAGCUGUUGUUGUAGAUAAUUUAGAACAUCUUUCUCCGCAGGCAGCACUUCUUCUUCACGGUAUUUGCGACGGUGAUAAUGCUCCUUAUAAGGACGUGAUGAUUAUUUUAGUACUACAUACAGAUCAACAGAACCUUGACAUGCGCUCAGGUGAAGCCUUCCUCAGAAAUAUGUGGGAGAGAGAAUUAGACUCGGAUAAAGUUGGGGCCUUGAUGAGUCGUGUCGCGAACAAUGUUGUUGUCGUAAAUUCAGAGUCAAAAACAUUAGAGAGUACUUGUAGUCCUGCCGAUGUCGAAGAAACUGUUUUAUAUCACGAUAUUGAUGUGGAUCAAAAUAAGGACCAAAACAAUUUAAGAGUAUUUGUGUACCUGUGGAUAAUAUGUGACGUGGAUUGUCAUGGAUAAUUAAGAGUGGCAGGUUACUUACUGAUGUGACAAAAAACAUAAAAAAAAGAAUCGUGAAAAAUCAUUUCAGCAUCUUGCAAUUCACAACGCGAAUCUAUACCUGUCAAACUAGUUAUGCUUUUGUAUAAGAAUAUUAAAUUUUUUGGCAGAACUGGCAAUCCAUACAACUUGAGUGUAAAUGAAAAAUGGACUUUAUCACUUUAUUCCUUCUAGAAAGAAUAAUAACUCCAUGUGUGUUCAGUAGCAUAGACAGCAGACGAAUUUGAAAUAAAAGUUUAACUGUUAGUAUUGUGUGUGAGUAAUUCUGAUGGAUUAGACGUUUGUGGGCAUUGUUCAGGAUCCGGCUCUUUUCUUGAAAGCUCAACUGGGCUUUCUCAGUUCAUUUUCAGUUCAGUCAGCUGUAUAGCAAAAUGUAUCUGAUAAUUCUUUAAACCUGAAAACAUUUAAUAAACAAAUGAUUAUAGAUCUCUAUGAAUUUUAAAUAAAUUUCAAUAAUUCUCUAUUUGGACCAAGAAAAAAAUACCUGUGAUUAUUACAGUUACUUGGCCCCUUUCCUAGCAUUUCUAGCUUAAUUACUGUAAUUAUUCCAAGACUGAGUUAUAGGGCCUGGGAAAUGAAAGAAAAUGGUUUAGGGUUAUCAAUUUUAAUUUAAAAAAACAAAAAAACAUGAGAUUCACUUAGGUAAUGGUAAACAUAGUGCUAAGUCUAUUUGUUAAGGCUAGCUCAAUUUUCGUCAAGGUCGCUGAGAUGAGAAAAAAAGUUAGGGCUCGUUAUUGUUGGUGAGAUUGUAGGUUAGGGUUAGGGUAAGCAUUGGGGCUAGAUCCAGGGUUAGGGUUAGGGUGGGGAUUAGCGCUAGUUCGACCAAACUUGAAGUUGGCCUUAUCAAAAAGAUCAACCGUAAACACUGAUGUCGCUUGAGAUAGGUGGCUUCCAUCUAGGUCUAUUAUCAAAUUAUGCAUUGUAAAACUUGAAAUAAAGAUUGUUAUCUAAUAAUGAAAUAUAUAUAUAAAAUUGAUGUCACAAUA